AUGAAGUUCUUUUUUCAGUCCACAGUUAUAUGGGCAUUACUGUUUACACUUUCAUGUACUCACAUAGGCAAAUCGGCUCCUGUUGCUGUACCCAGAGAAUUCAGCAUCCAGGGAAAUGCCACAACAUUGGCCACCCGCGGUACACAGACCUACUACCGUGCCAUCAAACUGGAUGAUAAUACAAGCAACAAAGUAGGGACCCAUCCUACCCAGCCAGAACUCAAGGCAGGUGACUUCUCUAACCAAUGGGGCUAUUACAUGUUCCCUGACAAAGAAGAUGCUAUGUUCUGGGGUAACCAGCACAAAACUGAUGCCUCUCAUCAAUUUGGCAUGGUUGAGCUGGAUUUUUCCCUUCCUGCUGGAGUGACCUUCUACAGUUUUCCAUCAGCCAACUCAGAGUGGACAACAUUUAUAAGCGCAAACUACAAUCCGUCAUUGUCAAGAAGUGCGGAUCGACCCUUACUUGAAGGGAAACAUUAUUCAGUGAUUGAGGGACCUAUGUCUUACACUGAUGGAUCUGGAUCAUAUGCUCAAGAAACAAGCAGGGUUACUGGAAAACCCUUGACCCAACUGGCUAUUGUAGCAGAUGAUGGACUGAAAGGUGUGACUGUGAAAAAGCUUUUUGUAUAUCAGGGAGAUUCAAACUGGCAGGGAGGACCUCCAUAUAAGACAGUCAAACUUGUGUCUGAAUCCUGA